UGUGUGUGUGUUGGAAGGGGGAAAGAGAUAAAGAGAGAGAGAAAGGGAGGGAGAGGCAAGCAGCGUCUCUUCUCCCCCCUUUAGCCUCCCCGUCUCCCUGCUCCCUGUCACUCCGUCCUUCCUCCCCCCUCCUGGACCACCCUCCAGCCCCGCUUCAAGCCGGACCGAGCCCCCCACCACCCGGACCGCCCCAGGACCCUUUGACUCUCCUCACUUCUCCAUCCCACCAACCACAACCUCUGUGACAACUGAGCAGGAAUUCCUCUCCUUUCCCCCCCGGAGUGUGGCUGAGAACAAGUCAACCACUGAAACUGCUCAGUAUCUGCAGAAUCCAGCUCCACACUUCAUUUGAUCUAAACACGUCACUGCUGGUCAGAUACAGCAAAAAGCUCAGAAGUCCCCCCAGUCUGCUGGAAGGCUGCCAGCCACAGGUCACAUGACCUGGAAGAGAAAACAUAGGAUACUUUUGGGAUCCCUCUUCGAAUGGGCUGGCAUUCAACCUGAAGAGAAGUCCAAAGGCUGAUGAACUGAUCUCCUGCUUGGUACACUGCUUGGUACCGCGCCUCACUCUGGUGUCCUAUAUGCCCUGAGAACACAGCACCCAGAGCAACUGUGGUGACUGGCUGGCUGGAAUACCAUCCCAUUCCUUCUCCCGCUGAGAACGUCCCAUUCCAGGACGGUGUUCUGGUCUCACCUCUCCUCACCACGCCCCCCGGCAUGGAGCCCACCAAAGUGCAGUCAGAGGGUGGCCUCAAUGUCACCCUUACCAUCCGCCUCCUCAUGCACGGCAAAGAAGUUGGAAGUAUAAUUGGAAAGAAAGGAGAAACAGUAAAAAAGAUGCGUGAAGAGAGCGGAGCACGAAUCAAUAUUUCCGAAGGCAACUGCCCUGAGAGGAUUGUUACCAUUACCGGCCCAACAGAUGCCAUCUUUAAGGCUUUUGCCAUGAUUGCCUACAAGUUUGAGGAGGACAUAAUCAAUUCCAUGAGCAACAGCCCAGCAACGAGCAAGCCCCCAGUCACGUUAAGGCUGGUAGUGCCAGCCAGCCAGUGUGGCUCCCUCAUAGGAAAAGGAGGCUCCAAGAUAAAAGAGAUGAGAGAGUCCACAGGGGCCCAGGUUCAGGUGGCAGGGGACAUGCUGCCCAACUCCACAGAGCGUGCAGUGACAAUCUCCGGGACCCCAGAAGCCAUCAUCCAGUGUGUCAAACAAAUCUGUGUGGUCAUGCUGGAGUCCCCACCAAAAGGUGCCACUAUUCCUUACCGCCCAAAGCCUGCCUCCACCCCCGUCAUUUUUUCAGGUGGCCAGGCUUACACAAUUCAGGGACAGUACGCCAUACCACAUCCAGAUCAGUUGACCAAGCUCCACCAGUUGGCUAUGCAGCAAACCCCCUUUACCCCUCUCGGACAGACCACCCCUGCUUUCCCUGGUUUGGAUGCCAGUCCUCCAGCCAGCACCCAUGAACUCACCAUUCCCAAUGAUCUAAUAGGCUGCAUAAUUGGACGACAGGGAACAAAAAUAAAUGAGAUUCGACAGAUGUCUGGGGCGCAGAUCAAAAUCGCUAACGCCAUGGAGGGCUCGUCAGAGCGCCAGAUCACCAUCACAGGGACUCCUGCUAACAUCAGCCUGGCCCAGUAUCUUAUCAAUGCCAGGUUCAGGGACGUGGCUGCCAUGUGGAAUGACCCCUCAUCCAUGACAACGUCCUGAAGUCACCCCAAAUCUGGUUCUGUUGUCAGAAGCAAACAGCAAAACCACCAUCUCACUAUUAACCCCUAUGUGUUCUUCCGUGGAACUUCCUUAGAUUUCCCCUGGAUUUCCAUAGCACUUGGCUACAAGCCUUUUUAGUGUUAGAGUAAUGGAGACGUAUAGAAAAGUCAAGCAAACAAAGGCAGAAUUUGCUUUAAGCUCUCAUAGCCAGUGUAUUGUUACAUAUUUAAAGCAUGCUUUAUUCCAGUAAUAUUGUGUUUCCUUUUCUCAUCACUAGGGUAGAUAAAUUUACCUAUUUAGUCCUGUUGUGUCUUUGUCUGGAAAGAGUAAAAUGAUAAAAAAAAAAUGGAAAAAAGAAAAAGCAAAGAAAAAAAAACCACAGGCCAGCUGACUGCCACUGAGCAAUGCUGUUAGAAGGAGGAGUUAUAUGAUGCCUCUGUCGGAGGGAUACAGCAAUGUCUGUGUUGAACAGAAGUGCAUUUCAUGACAUCAUCCAUUUUUUUCAUUCUGUCCACUGCAUGGCUGUAUAAGGAGGCUGUUGGUUAUAACAUUACGGUUAUGAUAUGGUAACGUUGCCAUGUUUUUCUUCGAGGUUAAGGGUCUUUUCCAUGAAGAGGUGCGAUGAAAGUACGUUGCAAAAUCUAUUGAGAGGUGACAGGUGUCUAGCACAAAGACCAGCCAUUGCUGCAUAACUUUCACUCUCAUGCGAAAGUUCCAGUUUCACAGUUGCUUUAUUUUGUCUAUCUUUUCCUCCCCCUUCCCCUGCUCCCUCCCCCUCCUCCCCCUCUUCCCUGAACUGUUCUAGGCUGACGUCUGAAGUCACUGGAAUGGGCACACUCUAAUUUCUACCCAUCUUCCCUCACUGCAUCACAUGACCCCUGAGCAAAUGGCAUUGCACCUAGUUUGUUUCUUUCUCUGUAUUUGAUUGUCCUGACUUUUAAGUGACUUCAACUUUUAUAAUUUCUAGUAUUUAUUGUAAACAUGUAUACCUGCACUGUUACUAGGAUUCUCCUAACCUGUCCAAAACCCUGUUAUUUCUGUUUGGAAGGAACACUUUACUUUUUUGACACUCUAGUACCUUUAAUAGCAUCUCAUGCAAGUCACUGCGACGUCAUUUUACCUCAUCUUUUUUAACAUAUUAGUUAAUUCUUCUUUUUGCACCGCAGGCACCUGAAAGUGGUUUGUUCCAACAACAGUUAUGAAGGAAUGCUGAAUAAAAAUUCAAAUUGCUAUCACACAGUUUUAAAUGAGGUUGUCACAUCACCAACCCAAUGUACCUUAAUAAAUAAUAUAUUGCCUAAUUUGUUUUAAUCAGAUAGGUCUCAGUUCUUAUCUCUGUAAUAUACCUGUGUCAGUGGAAUACUAAAUGAUGAUGUUAGACCAAACACUAAAUGCUAGUCUAUUUUCCAUUCAUUUCAUGACUGAUGAAUUAAGUGUUUUGCAUCGGUACACCACUGGGCACUGGGCUGCCUGUCUUUCUGAAUGCACUGUGCAGUAUAGUUUGUCCUGCAUAACGCACAAGACCCUACAACUGUCACUGCAUUUCAAAUUCAUUUUUAGUCUAUAGGGUAAACCUGAGAGAGACUUGUCAAAAUGAGCAGAAUAUACAGGGAACAGUCAAUUGAAGAUGUAGAUGCAUCACGCUGGGUGCAAUUUGAAAUGGCCUCAAGAAUACAGGCCAAUAAACAUCUCCUCUGAUGCAAAAAUAUCCAUCUUCACAGGUUUCAUUUGAGACCUGUCACAAACGUCUACUGAAAUGAAAAUAAGUCAUGUAAAUGACUGCAUCUAAGAGUGAAAUCCAAAUGCAUGCUAUUAAUCCACCCCCCUUUUAUUCAUCUACACUCUGCAAACAUUUAACUGUGUUAUUUAUGUCGCCACUGUGUCGCAGCUCCAUUUGAGCAGCACAGGCCACAUACAGUAGUGACGUUUGACAAAUGUCACGUGUAUAUUUGCACUCAUGUAUAGGCAUGAAUGUGGUCACAUAAAGCGCCCUGCGUUCAGUACCUAUUCAUCUGUGACGUAUUUUUGCUCGACUUCUUGAAUAUUAAUCUCAGAAUCCUGCACUGAAACCAAGAGAGCUGCAGUUUAUUUAAGGUUUCCAGACUGUCGAAAGAUCAGAAAAGCUCCUGAGAAGCGAGAUUGUUUGAAAUCAUUCACUGUUAUUUUUCAGCUUUCUUUCACACAAGCCUGUUACAAGGUUUGCAGGCAACAGACCAUUCAAAAUACAGCAAUGCACCAUGUUCCCACUGUCAGAAUCUUCAAAUAUAAGACAUUGGAAACAUAUUUUCCUCUGUUAGUACAUUUAAUGAGCCAACUGUUGGUUUCAUGGGCGAGGUCAUUUCAUCAAGCUAUUAACAAGUCUAAUCAUAUUUGCCUGAUUUUAUGAACCUAGAAAUAACCAUCUGCAGUAGCCCCGCCAUCUGACUGCUCCUUCUUCCCACCACCUUGUAUUUGGUUCAGCUGUUAGCUUGUCUCUCCUACAUGUGGGCACUGAGCCAGUGGCUCUGACACUGAAACUAAAGCCGAAUGUACAGGAUUUUCAAAGUUCAUUUUACUUCUGACAUUUCUGUGUCAUGCAUUUUCCUUGAUACCAUUAUCAAAAGAUUAUGAAGUUUUCAGAGUUAGGUUAAUUACUCUCAUUUUGCAGUCUGUUACGGAUUACUUUCUGAAGUGUAUUAGACUAGAUUACUCAGUUAUUUCAUGUAAUCUGAUUAUUUUCAUUGCUUUUGAUUUCAAAAUUGAUUGCAGAUGAAGUAAAUCAACAGCACUCUGAAAUGUCUGUGAUAGUAAGAAUGGAUUGCCUUAUUACUGCUACCAAACAUUAGUUCAAGAUGUAUAAAAUGAUCUAUUAUCUAUUUAUAUCUAUAAGUAUAAAAAUCAGAUCACUUUUUUUUUUUUCUCUGCAGACAUGGUUCUGAGUAAUCAAACUAGUGAUUUUUUUUUUUUUCAUGCAUCUUUAAUCUGAUGGUUUGG